GUCGGCGGCACAAGGUCCCAAGCUACCUAGUUUGGGGCUUAUCGCUGCAUCAUAGCUCUCUUGGACCGUUGAGGCUGGCUAUGACAGCAGCGCCCUCGGCAGAAAUUUUGAUUGGGCGCUGAAUUCGUGUCAUGAUUGCAGUGUAGCCGUUCAUAUACAGUGGACAGGGCUUCUGGCUCCUUGAACAUGCGAGUGAUUCUCAAUGCUGCAUUCCAACGAGACCUUCAGUCGUGAGCUGGGCUUGUCGCUGCCCGCUAAAAGGCGAUCCGAACCUAGACGAAGGCGAUCAUACGUUCGCGCUGCAUGUAAUAGCUGUCGCACCAGGAAAGUCGCCUGUGAUGGUGAGCGACCUGUAUGCAACAACUGCAACAAAAAAGGUCUUCACUGCGCUUACGUGACUCUUGACCCCGACGAGACGCAAACGUCGGCGCUCAAGCGAAAGGUUCAAGAGCUCCAAGAUGACCUCAAUGACCAAGCCGAACUCAUUAAUCACCUCACAAACGGGCCUGAAGAUCUCGUACUCGACUUAAUUCGACAGCUGAGGACAACCGGGAACCCGUCCGCUGUGUUGCAUGAGAUACAACAUGGGACCUUCUUCAAAAGAUUACGGCCAUCUGAUCAUGCCACGGCACGAGCAGUGCUCCCCCCCUCGCACAUUAAUUUCGCUUUGGAGUUAACUACCAUUUACCCAAACUCUUAUCCCAUCCUUGAACCAAUCAACACUGCAUCCAUCAGCAUUAAUGAUCUGUUCACACCUAAGAGGGGCCAUGCACCUCUCCCAACACCUGUGACACGAACCCCCCCUCUACAAAUGGCCGACUUAGAGUUGAAGUAUCCUUCGCCUCCGCCAGAAGAUCUAUGGCAAGUAGGGCCCGUGCAGGCUCCGUCCUAUGCAGACCAGCGAUUAAACCAGCUGAGGAUGAACUUCUGGACGUCGGUUCCUAUAACGGAUGACUUCGCAGCCAGCGCGUUAUCUUUGUACCUCCGAACAGACCAUCCUUAUCAAGGAUUCUUUGACUCAGAUCUCUUCAUUCGCGACCUGGUCGAUCUCAAGACAGACUUCUGCUCAUCCUUUCUCGUUGCGUCUCUAAUGUUCUACGCCUGCCAAUUGUACGCUGCCGUGGAUCCUCGCUCAUCUGUCAUUAGUCAUGCGUUUUAUGCGCAGGCGGAGAUACUGUGGGAGACAGAGCGAUUAGUAGACUCUUUGACGACGACUAUUGCUCUCCACCUUUUCAGUUUGGGAUGUUUGGGUCAAGGAAAAGACAGACGCAGCAUACAGUUGGUUCAAGAAGGUCGGGAAAUGGCUGAAAGGCUGCAUUUGCUGAACGUUCCACCAAAUAGCAUGAUCGAACGUCAGUUCUGUGCGAUGUCGCCAGAAUGGCAACGUGCUACGGCCCAUUCGGCGUGGGGAAUUUACAUCUGGCUCACUUACCGAGCUUUUUUCUAUGAGGAUGAGGGAGUGCUCUAUCCUCCGAUGUAUCCGAAGCCGGGAAUGCUUUCUCCAAGACCAAUUAGGCUCGGCGAAGUGCAGACGUGCGGCUCACCGCAUCACGCAACAACUAUUCUGGCUGCCCUUUGCGAGCUGUGCGUAAUCUCACAAGAGGUGGCCACGGUGUACUAUGAAAAUUCGAGCGAGCCGAUUCCAGCGCGCGUACCAUUAGCCUUUGCGGAAGCAAAGUAUCGUAAACUACUUUCGUGGGCAGAGAGGCUUCCGCCUGACAUUGUUCGUGACAAAGAUUACAGAGAGGAUGUCAUCGUCUUGCACAUUUUUUUCCAUAUCGUAAUCAUAUCAGUUUUUAGACCUUACAUCAACCAACCGCAGAUGCAGAGGUUACAUACUUUUUCAUCCAACGAUAGUUCUCCCCGGGCAGUGUUUUGGGCGUCGGUCGAACAGCUCAAGUUCCUGAUACUAAUCGCGCGCUUGAAACACCCGCACUCCAUCAAUCCGGUGUUGACAUCCGCAGGCCACGCCCACAUAUGCAGUGUUGUGCUUGCGAACCGCUCUGAGCCGGACUGGAAGUUUUACUUCCUGCUAUGUGUGGCGUACUACCGAGAGAUGUACACGAGACACCAUGUCUUUGAAUUGCUGAUUCAAGGCGUCCUAGCGCUCGCCAUGGUCAACGAGGCAAUCACAGUUUCCGAGGCGCGGAAAAUAAUGGAGGGGAUAAAGAUCAAGGGGCGGCAUCAUCAGACGAAGGAGCAACCCUCUGCUUUUUUCAAGAUCGACUUCGACCAGGCGUCGCAGAAUUCGGAUGAUCGCAAGGUCGACACUUUGGCGCGAAAGUUUGAGGAGCUGGCUACGAAUGUGAACGGGCAGUUUGCCAGUCAGCCUACAUGACAUAUCCACACGCCUCUUGGAACAUUGAACCCUAUCAGGAUCACCCUCCGCUCAUAAAGCAGUACAUGAUCAUCGUGCUCCGCCAGACGAUUCUAAAUAGAAGUCACAAAGCGAAGAGACCUUUCAAUUUCGUG